AUGUCUCGCACAAAAAACUGCCCCACAUGGGGUUUCCCCCAAAUCUUCUCCCCUAUCGAGGUGUAUUCCCAGGAGUUCGUAAAAGUCAACAUCAUCCCGGCCAUCUCGGCCCUCAUCACAGCAUUUCUAGCACCCCCUGCCCUCUCAACACACCUCAUCGUUCCCACACCCUCCCCUACCCCCCCCCCACCACAACCCCCGCCCCCCCGCACCACCCCCAACAAACAAACCGACCCUCUGCCUCUCCCCAACUCACCACCCCACUCCCCAUCCCACCCCCGUCACACCUGCCCCCCGACCCCCACCACACAGCCUCGACCUCAGCCACCCCCCCACCUACCACCUACCCCCAAUCCCCCCCCCCCACCUUCCAACCCCUCACAGCACCCACCCCCCACACCACCACCCCCCUUUGACACACGGACCCCCGUCUCCCCCACUCCCCCCUCACACACUACAGCCACCACCACGAGACCCUACACCACCUCCCCCUCUCCCACACCCCCACAACUAUCCACGCCCUCCACUAACCCCCCUCUCCCCCAGCCCCCAUCCCCACCGCGCAACCCCCGCCCCCCAACCCCCAUCCACACCCCUCCCCACAUCAUCCCAGCCGCCUCCCUCCACUCCCCCCCCCCACCCCCCGUCCCCCCUAUCCGCCACCGAUCCCCCCCCAACCCAAUCCCUAUCACGCCCCCACCCUCCUUCACCGUCAACCCCCAACACCCCCCUUCCACACAGCCCCCACCUCCCCACCCCCCCACCUCGCCCCCCCCUCCCCCCACCCCCCCCCCGUCGCCCACUGCCCCCGGGGGGGGGGGGACACCCCCCCCUCCCACACCCCCCCACCCCACCAGCCCACCCACCCCCUUCGCUGUCCUAACCCACCCUCCUUCUACCCCCCUCCCACCCCCCCCACCCCCCAUCCCCGCCCACCCGCCCGCCACACCCCCCCACCCACUCACCUCCCCCUUCCCAUCCCCCCCCCCCCCAACCCCCACAUCCCCACUCACCACCACCCCCCCCGCCCCACCCACACCAACUCCCCCCCCCCACCCCCCUCCCCCCUCCUACGUCCCUACCUCCCCCACCCCGCCCCCCUCUGACACAAACCCACCCUCCCCCUCCACACUCCCCCCACACUCCCUCAAACCCCCCCCCCCACUCCCCACACUCCCCACACUUCCACCCGAACUCCCUCACCCAUCACCCUCCCCUACCCCCCAACCACCCACCCCACCCACCCCGACCACCCCUCCCCCCAUCCUCCCCCCUACCCCAUCUCCCACUCUUGACCCCACCCCCCUCCCCCCCCUCCCGUCACCCACCUACCCCCGGGACUACCCCCCUACCCACCACCCCCAAUACCAUCCCUCUCCCACCCCCCCGAACACCUCCUCCCCCCCCCUCACCCCCCUCCCCCCCCCCUCACCCCGCACGCCCACCCACCACCCACCCCCCCACCACACUAGAUCAACCCCACCACCCCACCCCAACCAUACCCUCCCUCACCUCACCACCCCCAUCCUCCUCACUCGCACCCCACCACCCCCCCCACUCCCACCACCCCCCCCCCCACUCCCCCUCCACUCACCCUCCCACCAGCACACCAACCCCUCGCCCCCCCCCCACACACCACACACAUCCCUCCCCCCCCACCCCCACUUCCCCCGCCCCCCAACCCACCCACCACACACCUCCCCACCCCCCUACCCCCCACCUACCCUCACCCCCCUUCUCACACCAACCCUCGCCCCAACUUCCCCCUCCCUCCAACGACCCACCACCCCUUCCCCCACUCCCCCCCACCACCGACUCCACACCUCCACACCCCCCAGCCCCCACCCACCCACCCCGCCCACUACACUCGCAUCUCACUCUCCCCACCCCCUCCUCGCACCCCCACCCCACCUACACCCGCCCCCAUCUUUCCCCGCCCACCCCCACCCCACAGCCCCAUCCCACUCCCCCCCCCCCCCCCCCAACCCACCCCUUCAUACAAACCUCUCAUCCUUCCAACACCCCCACAUCGUCAUCACAACCACCACCACCCCCCCCACACCGCCCCCCCCCCCGCCCCCCCGCUCAACCCUCUAA